AUGCAGCCCCCUGUAGUCGCUCAGACUGACUGUUCUCUCUUCCUCUGCUCUUUCAAGCAAAGCAAAUCGGCGGUCAGGCUGAAAGAAGAUAUGAAGAAGAUCGCAGGGCCGCCGCUGAACAGGCUGAGGGGGACCUCUUGCCGAAAAGUCUUUGGCGUCAGCCUCCAGGAGAUGCAGCAGCGGGGGCUGAGCAAGAAUGGGAUUCCAGCUGUGGUGUGGGAUAUUGUGGAAUACUUGACUUGGCAUGGGCUGAAACAGGAAGGUCUUUUCAGGGUGAACGGGAACCUGAAAACAGUGGAGCAGCUGCAAGCCAAGUAUGAGAGCGGAGAGGAAGUGGAGUUGGCAGCAGAGGGCGACGUCAGCUCAGUGGCCAGCUUGCUGAAAUUAUUUCUGAGAGAGCUCCCAGAGCGGGUGAUCCCUGCCGCAGCGCACGCCAAAUUCGUACAGCUUUAUCAAGACACUUCAAAUUAUGGCCUGAAUGCUAAUAUUUUGAGAGAACUCCUGAGGCAGCUGCCUGAUGCCCACUAUUGCCUCCUUAAGUACCUUUGUCAGUUCCUGAGGAGAGUCGCUGAGCAUCACUCUGAGAAUAAGAUGAAUGUUUCCAACCUUGCUACAGUUUUUGGACCAAACUGUUUUCGCGUGUCUUCCGGCUUCGAAGGGAUGAAGGAGCAGGAAAUCUGCAACAAAAUCAUGGCCCAGAUGCUGGAAAACUACAGUGUCUUGUUUGAAGGGGGACACCUCAAAAAAGAGAAAGAAAUGCACCCAUGCAAAGAGCUAGCAAAAAUUAUAUUGGUGAAAGAGGCCACUGGCAAGCAGACACUUCCCAUCAUUCUAACAAGUGUUAAAAGGGAACCACCAAAGCCAACUCCAAGAAACAAGAUUGCAAAGUCCAAACAAGAAGGGUCUUCUCUGGCAUGUUUAGUGCCGCAGCCAAGACUGUCAGAUGGAAUUCCCCGGGUUAGCAUCCAUUUAACGGACAGUUUGCGUUCGGAGGAGAUGGAUCUAGCUGAUGAAAUCUCCUUCAUAAGCAGUGCUGCAUUCUUCACCAGUUCCCAAGAGGAUGAAAGGCCUAUGUCUCCCUUCUAUCUGAGUGCUCAUGUGUCGCAAGUCAACAACAACAUCCCUUCUACUGGAGAAUACUUAGAAAAGACCAUCCGGUCAGCUGUCGAGCAACAUCUUUUUGACGUUCAUGGCUCCAGCGGUCAAAGUUCUGAAGACUCUGAAUCCGGAACGUCGUCAACAUCUUCCAACGUGUCUGCCCGGCAGCGGAGGCGGCAUCAUAAAGAACAGGAUGAAGCCCGAAGGAACAGAGAUAUGGAGGUCAUCAAUAAAGAGAAUAUUCCUUCUGGCUUCAACAGCAUUGAAGACUGUAUGCUGACUGCUCAAGAGGUGGAAAAACUACAAGAGAACAGCUCUGGGUAUAUUGGAGAAAGGAGUAAGCCAAAGCGGCAGAAAUCCAGCACCAAACUUUCUGAGCUGAAUGAGAACCAGGACAGUCCUCUGACAAUGGAAACAUUUGGUUCCUUGAGACCUGUGGACAGAACAGGACCAGACGACAUGGAGGUGCUUUCUGAAGACAGCAAAGAGAACGAAGGUGACAGCGAUUUGUUAAGGCAUUCUCAGAAUUCAAGCAUGAAGAUCCAGGAGCCUCCAAACAUUCCUGAAGCCAAAUUGCAGAAGAGCCAAGAUGCUGAUGGCCCGGAGGAAUCCUUCGUAUCUGAAGUGCCUCGGCUGGACCUGACAGCGUUGUGCAGCGACAACAACUGGGAAGAGCCUGUCCCCGCCUUCUCCUCCUGGCAGCGCGAUGGCUUAGAUUCCGACGAAGCCCGCCUCUCCCCUCAGGCUGGCCGCCUCAUUCGCCAGCUUUUGGAUGAAGAUAGUGACCCAAUGUUGUCUCCUCGUUUCUAUGCCUACGGGCAAAGUCAGCAGUACCUGGACGACACGGAAGUGCCUCCUUCCCCUCCUGACUCACAUUCAUUCAUGAGGAGAAGAAGCUCUUCUCUGGGGUCUUACGAAGAUGACCAAGAAGAUUUGACCCCAGCCCAGCUGACCCGUAGGAUCCAAGGACUGAAGAAAAAGAUCAGGCGGUUUGAAGACAAAUUUGAAGAGGAGAGGAAAUACCGACCAUCACACAGUGACAAAGCGGCCAACCUAGAAGUGCUGAAGUGGACAAAUGACCUGGCAAAGUUUCGAAAGCAGCUGAAAGAGUCCAAAGUCAAGAUGUCAGAGGAGGACCUGGCUCCUGUCACGCGCCAGCGUAGCAAUACGCUCCCCAAAAGUUUUGGCUCUCAGCUGGAGAAGGAGGAAGAGAAGAAGCAAGACGUGUCCGACAAAUCGACAAAGCCAGCUGUGGAGGCAACCUUGGAAUCCAUCCAGAAGAAGCUCCAAGAGAAAAGGACUGAGACAAACCGGCCCGAGGACAUUAAGGAUAUGACGAGAGACCAGAUAGCAGCAGAAAAAGUAGCUUUGCAGAAAGCGCUCUUGUAUUACGAAAGCAUCCACGGAAGACCAGUAACAAAACAUGAACGGCAGGUGAUGAAGCCCCUGUACGACAGAUACCGCUUAGUCAAGCAAAUCCUUUCAAGGGCCAACGCCAUCCCUAUCAUUGGCUCCCCCUCCAGUAAGCGGAGAAGCCCUUUGCUGCAACCAAUUAUCGAGGGUGAAACUGCUUCCUUCUUCAAGGAGAUCAAGGAGGAAGAGGAUGGUUCUGAAGAAGACAGUAAUGUGAAGCCAGAUCUCACAGUCACCAUAAAAUCAGACGUCAAUGUAAGAAGUUUCUUGGACCAGAUAGAAGAUGAUGCCGACGGCUUUGUUUCUCCAGUGGAUGACAGAAUUCCUUCAAGAAACAGCCAGGAUAUGGGCCUCUCCAAUCUGCAUGCCGCCUCUAUGCCAGAACUUGUAGAGCAGCUUCAAGAAGUCAGGGAAGAGAAAAAGAGGAUCAGGAAAAAACUGAGAGAUUUUGAAGACAAUUUUUUCCGACAAAACGGAAGAAUUGUCCAGAAAGAAGACCGUGCUCCUAUGGCCGAAGAAUAUAAUGAAUAUAAGCAGGUUAAGGCCAAGCUGAGGUUGCUGGAGGUCCUAAUCAGCAAAAGAGAUAUUGGUUCCAAGAUCAUGUAAUGAAGGCGCCCUUGACCUUGCCGAUAGAGUUGACCAAGCCAAAGGGAUAAUUGCUUGAAGAACUCAGCAAGAGCCUCAUACUGUGAGGGCCUUUUUAGCAGCUCUCCCUGGUCUGUGGCUGACGCAAGAUGGUUAGGAGGAGGAGGGAGGGUCCAGCAUCUUUCUUCAGACUUGUGGCCUGUUCUGUCUCCGAGUUCGCCGUCCAAGCCAGCACGAGGGGGCGGUCCUGACACACUCAAAAGACUCUGUUCCGAGAGGGUCCUUUUUGCUUCGAUCAUCCUGCAGCCUUGUGAAAUGCUUAGACUAAUAGAGUCCGAUUUAUGCCUUCUUCGGAGCAUCAGUGCAAGAGAGGUGAACUAGUUUGAGUUCUCAUGAAUCUCCAAAUAAUUGUCUGUCCUUUGUCAGACCAAUAAAGCACCCAGGUCUGUUCUAAUGGGGAGGGACUCACAUUCUGAGAUGAUUCUAUGGCUUAUAAAUGAGAGAGAGAUUGAGAUUCUCAGGAUCUCACAUUUGACUGCAGUUCUGGUUUGUUAGUAUGUGACCUUUGUUAAGCUCACCCCAGUUGAAUGUUGAAUUAACACUCAGUGGGAAAUGUAUGUGCUACCUUGCCCCUCAAUAUGACUUCUUUUUUUAGAAAGAGAGCAUUAUUUCUUUUCUUGGGGGUGCUCUUCCUGAAAAAAUAUCCCUCAACAGUUUUGAUUGAACCGACAAAAAAGAAGAGAAGCUGAGGAAAUGGAUCUUGGUAGCAGGGCCUUUCAGCGGUGGCUUUGAAACUGUGUUUUGAGGGACCCUGAAAUUCCUUAGAAACUUUAUAGGGGUUCCUCAAUCUGAAGACAGGAAUGGUGGACAGGCUUUCCUGAAGGACUCUUGUUUCCUUCAAACCCAGUUUUCUCCUGCAAUUGUGGUGUUUUCUACAAUGUACUCUCGGUUCACUUGGAGCAGUAGUGAGGCCCACCCAGUUGGUCCCCUGCAACGCUUUCCAGAACCUUCUUCAACACACAGUGGUUUGUGGGAGAUAUGCAAGAGUUUCUCCUCAGACAAAUAGAGGUGGAAAGUUUUCCCAUAAGUUAGAAAGAGUGAAAACCUCUAGACCGGGGUUUUUUGAAGGGGCGGACUUUUAGGGCAAUAUCGUUUUGUACCGUGCCCUUACAACUUUUUGUUGAUCCCAGAAAUCUGACAGAUCCAAUGGCAAGAUUGUCCUUUUUUUCUGUUUAGCCACAGUGUGGUGAUGAUGUUGCUAUACUUUCAAAUAGCUUGUGUAAAAUCGUAGGUACAAUGAUGCACUUUAGAAAGAGGGAGAGAGAGAGUAUUUUAUAUUUUUUAAGAAAUGGUAAACAAAUAGUAAGGAAGUGUAACCAAAACUGUACUUUAAGAAAGAAAAACAAUAUUUUCUCUACCUGACUGUUUUGUUAUGCCAUUCUUUUAGAAAGGAAAAAUAUGUCUAAAAUACAGCUUUAAGAUUUAUCUAGAGACGCAAUCAGCUAAUGCAAAAGUAAGUCAUAAUCAGCAGAAACCUUUCUGAGCACCAGCCCUAGGAAGUUUUUUGAAUAUAUGUUUUGAUAUAAUGAAUAAUGUCAGAUCAGAGUUCAUAGAGCUGCUUCCCACUAUCUGUGAAAAUCGGUUGAAUUAAAAACUUGGGGGCAAAGUACAAAAAUCCCAUUAAAUUAAUGCCCAUCCAAACCGAAUAGCAAUUGCUAAGAUUUUUCAAAUCAAAACUGAUGCAAAAAAAAAAAAAGUGUGGGCUGGGUUCCAAAGAGUAGAGAAACUAGUUUUGUGAGCCUACGGAAGCUUUAAACUUGUUUUUCUCAAAGAGUAGCCCAUGUGGCAAAUUGGGGGGGGGGGGGCAGAGACUCACAUGAAAAAUAGCCCAGCAUUCCCGUCAACCAGCACAAGUGCAUUCCUAUACAUGUUGACUCAAAAGUGCGCCCCAUGGAGUUCCGUGGUACUCACUCUUCGAUAAAUAUUAUAGGAUUACAACCUGAGUAGCUCUUUGGAUCUUGGUCAUCAUUUUUAACAUGUCUUUUCUUACCAGAAUCACUGUUUGCAGGGGUUUUUUUUUUUAAAAAAAGUGUAAUGUCUCUAGUUUCAGACUCUGGAUUAAGAUGUUCACGUGGUAUUUUUUUUUCCUCUUGUGGUGCUCAUGGAAUGGUGCAGUAUGAAUGAGAAUGAUGCAGAUAUAUUCCUCUCUUCAUUUCCCAUUUCAGCACAUGUUUAUAUAUUACAAAUUGCUAAUAUAAAUUAAUGACGUUGAGACAUUUAUUUUAAAGCAAAAUAAGAAUGAUAAUUAAUGAACCACUUACAAAUAGAAAUGAUGGCUAGAAUUACUUUUUUUUCAAGGAAACCUUGUAAUUUGUUCACGGGCUUUCUCUGGAGUGAACAGUGAAAUCAUUAACGUUUUUACAUUAAAAGAAACAGGCAAAGAGCAUGUCUUCUCCUGAUCAUUGCGUUAGGCUUCCAGGUAUAAUUUGUGUACAUUCGUGCAGAUACGCAUAGCCUGAAUUGGUUUUUUCAUCACAAAAAUAAAACCACACAUUGGCUCAAGUAGAGUAGAGUGUGUGGGUUAGCAGCUUCCUCUCAGCUAGGAUUCCUGAUAGGUUGACUGGCACAAGACAGCAAUUCAGCCUCGGAACAGAAGCCAGCUUCCUAUCAAGGGCACAUACUGUGGUCAGGUCAGCUAAUUGUUUGAACUUUCUGCAAGUUCCUGAAGCUCCUAUACUCUGUCUCACAUUCUCCUUUCCUUUGGCCAAUGAGAAUAACCAAAAGAGAGAUGACACACUUCUUUGAGAAUGGGAACUUAGCUGACCCUGGAAGUUUAAUCCCUUUGAACCCAGUACCUAGGGUUCAGGAGAACCAGUGGGAUAUUAUUCAUCCUUUCUCCCUAUGGUGGGAAGACCAGGUGGAGGGAGUGGCUGAAGUCUGAUCCUGACCUUUUCCUAGGGCCAGUCAUGUAUGGGUGGGUGGAAUAACAUUUUGAGGGGUCCAGUGAGCCUCAACUAGGAUAGUCAAACGUCACUACUUGCCUUUCUUUGCAGUUUUAGAUACAGAAAAAGUUUGUAUUUCUGACUAGCAUGGAGAGAAGAAGGGUGGAUGGAACACUGCCACAUUUGUCCAUGCAAAAGAUACUAAGGAAUGUCAGCAUUCAGGGAUGGCUCAGAGAAUAAUUUUGCCAUGCAAAAUGGGCGGUUUGUCAUCAUAAUUCUUGUUCCUUCUUCCUGAAGUUUAAGCUUUCAAAUAAACAAUUCCCCACAUGUAUCCAGAGGUACUCUCACCAAAGUACAAUUCCCAGGAUUCUUUGCAGCAGUUAAACUGAUAUAAAACGGAUACCAGGCCACGUAGUGGACAUAGGUUUGUCUUCUCUAUCCUCCAGCACUCUACCCCAUAAUAAAUGACAGUGGAGUGUCCUUGGAGUUACAACCUAUCAGCUUUUCCACAUGCCAAAUAAUUUUGUCAAAACUUUCCUGGCACAUUUUUAUAGGGAAAUCAUGAUUUCCUUUAUUCUCCCCCCCCCCCAAUUUCUUUUUCACUUGUGACACUAACAGAGGCAAGGCACAGGUUAUUUCUGGGAGAACUUAACUCUAUUUGUCCUUGAAGAAGGUGAGUGCUUAUCCUUUGGGUAACUCG